AUAUGACAACGCAGCAUGUACGUUUUGUUUACGAAAAACAAGUGAAUAACGGUUUGAAAAGUUAAACGAAGCCGGGCUCAAAAAUAUUCCAAAGAAUUUUUCUCUAUCCGUUUACAUCCUCCUAUUUAUCAUGGCGGCUGUUGCAAACAAACCUAAGUCGGAGAUGACACCGGAGGAAUUGGCCAAACGGGAAGAAGAAGAAUUCAACACUGGACCACUUUCAGUUUUGACUCAGAGUGUAAAAAACAACACUCAGGUCCUGAUCAACUGCCGUAACAACAAAAAGCUACUGGGACGUGUUAAAGCUUUUGACCGUCACUGCAAUAUGGUUCUAGAAAAUGUCAAGGAAAUGUGGACUGAAGUUCCCAGAACAGGGAAAGGAAAGAAGAAGAGCAAACCAGUCAACAAGGAUCGUUUUAUCUCCAAAAUGUUUCUACGUGGAGAUUCUGUAAUAUUAGUAUUAAGAAAUCCUCUGGCUGGUACUCCUGGAGCAAAAUAAUUGUAUGUGUUUAUCUUUCUCACUUUUGUAUGAAAUAAAAAAACCGAACAGCGGAAAA